AUGGCAACUAAGACGUUGGAAGCUCGCUUUGAGCACCUUUCCGUCAAGGACGAGAAGGAUCGCACCUAUGGAAAGCCUAAGGGUUCCAUCUCGACAGCUGCUUCGAUGUCCGGCCUUGGACCAUCGCAGAGUAACUCAAACCGAGCUCAGUUGCUGAAGCUAGCACUUCAAAACACAAAUGAAAAGGCCAACGCAAUGAAUGUCCCACCAUCCCCUGCCAAGGGCUCGGGGACGGUGGUGACCCGGAAUACCGACGAGAACGGCGAUCAGCGCACGUCAACUUCGCUUCACGACCCAUCGGUGCCGAGAGAACUGCAUCUUGGAAUGUUUGAAAUUGGAAAGCCUCUUGGUAAGGGUAAAUUUGGUCGCGUUUAUCUUGCGAAGGAACGGUCAUCAGGCUUUGUAUGCGCCCUGAAGGUGCUGCACAAGUCGGAACUCCAACAAGGUGGUGUCCAGAAGCAAGUGCGGCGCGAGAUUGAGAUUCAGAGUAAUCUCCGUCACCCCAAUGUUCUCAGACUGUACGGUCACUUUCAUGACAGCAAGCGAAUCUUCUUGAUCCUAGAGUUUGCUGGUCGCGGUGAACUAUACAAGCACCUUCGUAAGGAGCAUCGUUUCCCGGAGUGGAAGGCUGCGCAAUACAUUGCACAGAUGGCGGCAGCGCUGAAGUACUUGCACAAGAAGCAUGUAAUGCACCGUGAUAUCAAGCCCGAGAACAUUCUGGUCGGAAUCCAUGGAGAAAUCAAGAUCAGUGACUUUGGUUGGAGUGUUCACGCUCCCAACAACCGACGCCAGACGAUGUGUGGAACGCUUGACUAUUUACCUCCGGAGAUGCUGAAGCCGGGCUCUCAAGACAACUACUAUAGUGAAAAGGUGGACCUCUGGAGUUUGGGCGUCUUGACCUACGAGUUCCUAGUUGGCGAGGCACCUUUCGAAGACACGCCUGUUAUGACCCAGCGACGAAUCGCCAGGGCUGACAUGACCGUUCCAUCUUUUGUCAGCCCUGAGGCAAAGGACCUCAUUAAAAGACUACUGGUACUUGACCCUGAGAAGCGAAUUCCUCUUGAUGAGAUCCAAAGUCACCCCUGGAUUGUCAAACAUUGCGUGAAAGACGUAAAGCGGAGUUCCGGCUUCAAGGAGGGCAAAGCAUGA